AUGAUUAUAGAAAGAAAGAAUAAAAACGGUUUAUUGACACUCGAGGCUUACGGAAUUAAUAAAACUCGGCUUUAUCGGCAAAGAGCCUUUUUGAAACGUUUUUUUUCUGUCAGUUUUGUCAAGAAAAAAAAAGAGAACCCUUCAAAAAUUCCCCCUCUCAUAAGAGGUGGACCGCCUAACAAUUCCUCCUUUUCAGCGUGA